AUGGCUCGCUCCUUCCUUGCCCUGAUGGCAUUCGUUGCGCUUGCAACCACCCCUGUCACCGCGCUAUGGCCGGAACCUCGGUCUAUGAACGCGGGCAGCACCAUGCUUCGGCUCGCGCACAACUUCCAAAUAACGACCUCUGGCCACAUACCCUCGGACCUGAAGGCCGCCGUCAAGCGCACCGAAAAGAGCCUCGCUGACGACAAGCUCGAGCGGCUCGUCGUCGGCCGUGGUGCCGCGCAGAAGAGCGUGGUCGCCUCCGCGAAGACGCUCUCCCGCCUCAAAGUCUCGCUCGCCGCGGGCGCGGUCUCUGCGAGCGUACUCAGCGAGGCGCAGAAGGCCCCCGAGGCGCGCGACGAGGCGUACGCGCUCACCGUGCCCGCCGACGGCUCCCCUGCGACGCUCACCGCGAACUCGACCCUUGGCUUGUACCGCGGGCUGACCACCUUCGGCCAGCUCUGGUACGAGCUCGACGGCACGACCUAUGCGGCCGCGACCCCUCUAAACAUUCGGGACUCCCCUGCAUACCCCUACCGCGGUCUCAUGCUCGACACCGCGCGUAACUUCUUCCCCGUCGCGGAUAUCAAGCGCACUCUGGACGCUAUGAGCAUGGUCAAGCUCAACCAGUUCCACUGGCACGUCGUCGACAGCCAGAGCUUCCCACUUCAGAUCCCCGGCUUCAUGGACCUCUCGAAGCUCGGCGCGUAUUCGUCCUCCCAGACCUAUAGCCCGGACGAUGUCAAAGACAUCGUCGAGUACGCUGGCGAGCGUGGCAUUGACGUGAUGGUCGAAAUGGACACUCCUGGCCAUACUGCGAUCAUUGCUGACGCUCACCCUGAUUUCGUUGCUUGCCCUGGCGCCACCCCUUGGGCCACCUACGCUAAUGAGCCUCCCGCCGGCCAGCUCCGCUUCGCCAACGAGACCGUGACGAAAUACAUCGGGGACGUCUUCGGUGCCAUGUCAAAAAUGUUCCCUUCGACUCUCUUCAGUACGGGCGGUGACGAGCUCAACACGAAGUGCUACGACAUUGACGAGCCUACGCAAGCCUCACUCAACGCCUCUGGGAAGACCCUUGAGCAAGCGCUCGACACCUUCACGCAGACGACGCACAAGGUGCUCACCGACGCCGGCAAGACGCCCGUUGUGUGGGAGGAGAUGGUCCUCGUCCACAACGUCACACUCGCGGCGGACACCAAGGUCCUCGUCUGGAUCUCCUCCGACAACGUCAAGGCCGUCGCCCAGAAGGGCUUCCACCUCAUCCACGCCGCCUCCGACUACUUCUACCUCGACUGCGGCGGGGGCGGCUGGGUCGGCGACUUCCCGACCGGCAACUCGUGGUGCGACCCGUUCAAGACCUGGCAGCACUCCUACUCGUUCAACCCGACCGCGAACCUCACCGACACCGAGGCCGCGCUCGUCCUCGGCGGCCAGCACCUCCUCUGGGCGGAGCAGUCCGGGCCCGAGAACCUCGACCCCGCCGUCUGGCCCCGCGCCGCGUCCUCCGCGGAGCUCUUCUGGUCCGGGCCCGGGGGGAACAUCAGCGCCGCGCUCCCGCGCCUGCACGACGUCAGCUACCGCAUGCGCACGCGCGGCAUCAACUCGAUCUCGCUCCAGCCCGAGUUCUGCACGCUCCGCCCGGGGGUGUGCGACCUCACGGCCUGA